AUGAUAUGCGGGAAUUGUGAACGCCUCAACCUCGACUGCGAGCUAUCCGAGGAGAUCGUCUGGGCUACUCCUCGUGUCGAUACAACACCGGACGAACCAAACAAUGAUGCGCCGCUUCUCGUUGACGUGUUUAGGACACGGAUGAAUGAUCUUGACCUGCCUGAAGACACUUUGUCAAGUCAGAACUACAUACCUGCUAAUGGUGUCACGACAGCAGGUUCCGACGAAGCGAACGGUCCGAAGAAGCAUUAUGGCGAAUCGUUGCGCCUACUCAUAGAAGCUUUGAGCAUGCCUUCGCACGAACAUGCGCUUACCGCAAGUAUGCUGCUCUUGAGCUACGAAAUCCACGGAGCCUUGCGCUCUGAAGACUACCGGCGACACUUCCUAGGCCUUACAGUAUUAAUCAAAUCACGACAUGUUACCGCACAGUCAAGCGGCACUGAUCUGGCCAACUUCUGGAUCUAUAUCCGACACGAGAUCGUUGUAGCUAUGGCUAGCGAGCAGCCUCUGGUACUAGACCCUGCAGAAUGGGAGGUGUCCUGGGUAGAGGGUGAGACUAGAGAAGAUAUUUUGGGAAACCACAUGCUUUGGAUAUUAGCGCGAGUUCUCAAUCUCAUUUUUGGACCAGAUGGACGAACUGAAGCAGGUAAAGAGCAGCGCCAAAGCUUCCUGCACGAGAUCGAAAUGUGGCGAAGGGGGCUUUCUGACACGUUUGUUGGUAUUUCAUAUGGGGAGAAAGACGAAGAUGGCUUUGGCAAAGUAUACUUCCCAGUGGCGGCCGCAGCCGCCACAGCGUUUUGGUAUCACAUAACACAUAUCCUGCUCUAUGCAGAGCCAGAGCUUCAAGACGAGGCAUACAUUCCCCUGAUCCAGGAGCAGGCUAUGGAGAUUACCAACAUAGCAAUAUCAGAUUUCCCCCCAUCGCUGAUGGUAUUCUCUACGCAUGGUCUCUUCUAUGCGAAACGGUCACUGAUACGUUCCAGCCGCGAAACAUAUCCAUGGGAUCUCAAGAAAGGCGCGUAUCUGGAACGUCUUGAACGAGGUUGA